CUCCGCGGCCGGCAUUCGUGGUUAAUUCGCCCCCCCCCCCCUUUUGCGUCUUGCGGGCGCCUUUUCCAGGUCGCGCGGCCGUUCGAGCCCAGGCGGCCGGCUUUGGGUCGACAUUGUGGCCGCGCGUCAGGCCAUUGCGUGGCAUGCAUCUGCAUGAACGUCGGCCGCUCCGCGUGGCCGCCUACGAUCGCAAAGAGCCACAACGGGCCCUACAGCGGACGGAACGAAGGAGCGCCCGGCACCUACCCCCGCAGUUGUGUCUGUGGGCCCAGGCCUUGGGAUGUUUUCCGGGCCGCGCCGGUGGCCCUCGGGCGCGUUCGUUGGUAUCUGCUGCGGCGCCGCGCUUGUCUGUGUCCCCACUGCCUGGGGGCCGUGGCAGUUAGUUUGUGGGCCCGGGGCCGAUCGAGGCCGACGGGGGGCGGGGAAUCGAUUGCGCGCGCCCACCGCGCGCCCGGGGCGCCGAGGGUAUUUGGCUUGGCUGGGUUGCGAUUUUGCUUAGCCUGGCUCUGAGCCCUGGCAUUCUGCGGACGCCGCAGCCGGGCGCCUCGCUCUGCGUGCCGCGGUUCUUCCUUGGCGCGGGUAGGUUGCUACCAUUUCGCGCACUGCCAGCCCCGCCGCCCAAGAAAAGGAGACAGAGCGGUGGUUAUGAAUGCCGUGACCAGUGGUGGCAAGGGCGAACAUGAACGGGUCCGCGUUCCGGGCAGUGGCCUACCUAAGUAAUUGGUCCGGCUAGUGCAAGCCUACCAUUUCCGCUGGUUUGAUCUAGAUCUGUGGAAGCUGCAUGCGCCAGAAAAGGCGCCCGCUGC